UCAAAAAUAUAUUGAACAACGAUCACAAAAUGAACGAGUAGUCAUGGUUGUUAGUGGUCGAUUAGGACAAGCAAUAGUCCCUUCUAUUCACAAAAUUCGACAAAUUAUAUCAAUCUAUGUGUAUUGCAUAGAUAAAGAGAGAAACAAACAAUGGGCUGUCAAUUUUCCAAAAGUAAAAGCUGCUGUUGUUCAACUUGAUGAACUCGUAUCUCGAAUUAAAGAUGAUUAUAAAAUUCAAAAGAUCGUAGAAGAACCAUUGUCAAUCAAUACUUUCACUACAGGUUCUGGUGCAGGUAAAGCAACAAGCGGCGUAAAUGGUAAAUUCGUUUUCUCACAAGCUCUUAUUGAUUGUCUUUUACGACUUAAAUCUACUGAAAGAGAUACCAAAGAGCUUAUUGAGAUUUGUAAAAAAGAAUAUGAAGAUAAUGAUAAAGAGUUAAGCAAUCUACGCGAGUUUCGAAAGAAUUAUUCGCCUAACGAAGUAUUAAGGUGGUACACACGAGAAUCAUUCUUUUACAAGACUCUCAAUGCAGUUUUACGCACUGAAAAUAUUCAUAUGAUUUUUUUAUUUCGUGCAUUUAUCUCUGAUAUUCAACGUCAAUUGAAAAAUCAUCAAACUAAGAAUCCUCUACAAGUAUAUCGAGGCCAAAAGAUAUCAACUGAUGAACUGAAAAUUUUAAAACAAUUUCGUGGUCAGUUUAUUUCAGUGAAUUCAUUUUUUUCCACCAGUACUGAUUAUCGACAAGCUCUUAAAUUUCUCAAAGGUUCUAAUGCUACAGAGAACUUAGAACCAGUAUUAUUUGAAAUCGUUGCUGAUCCUAACGUGGCAACUACAAAACCAUUUGCCGAUAUCAGUGCAUUUAGUGAACUUUCUGUAUCACUACGUGCAAGUUCCACUGAUAUUCAUCCGAAUGCAAAAUGGGCACAGAAUGGUAUCAUUGUCGCUGGAGGAAAUGGAGAAGGCAAUGGAACCAAUCAACUCUCGUACCCAUGUGGUUUAUACGUCGAUGAUGAUCAAACGAUUUAUGUCGCUGAUUGUGUAAAUCACCGUAUUAUGGAAUGGAAAUCUGGUGCAACAAAUGGAAAAGUGGUUGCUGGUGCAAAUGGAUAUGGAAAUGGAGCACAUCAAUUAAGUGGCCCAGUUGAUGUGAUUAUCGACAAAGAGAGUGAUAGUCUCAUCAUCAGUGAUGGAGGGAAUAACAGAGUAGUUCGAUGGCCUCGUCGAAAUGGUACUAGUGGAAAAACUAUUAUUUCAAAUAUCUAUAAUAGUGGUUUGACAAUGGACGAAAAUGGAUCUCUCUAUGUUGUUGAUGAGAAAAGACAUGAAGUGAGACGAUAUAAAAUUGAUGACACUAAAGGAACAGUGGUUGCAGGUGGCAAUGGAAAAGGAAAUCGUCUCGAUCAACUCUCUCUUCCCUCUUGCGUAUUUCUCGAUCGAGAUCAUUCAGUAUAUGUGUCUGAUUGUGAAAAUCAUCGUGUAAUGAAAUGGGAAGAAGAUGCAACACAAGGCAUUGUCGUAGCCGGUGGUCAAGGAAAAGGAAAUAGUCUUACACAAUUGAAAGAACCUGACGGAGUCGUUGUCGAUCAAUUGGGUACUGUCUAUGUGGCUGAUUUUAGGAAUUAUCGAAUCAUGAGUUGGCCAAAAGGAGCCACACAAGGAAGUGUCAUUGUUGGUGGAAAUGGCAAAGGAGCACAGCCGAAUCAAUUCCGUUGUCCCGCUUGUUUAUCAUUCGAUCGACAUGGCAAUCUCUAUGUCGUCGACUGGGGAAAUCAACGAGUACAAAAAUUUAAUAUCGAAUAA